UAAACGUAUUUUCUGUUUUGAAUAAAUUGUUGAUAAACUAACUCAAUUUAUUGUGUUUGGUGUAAUUUUUAUUUUACAAAAUCAUGGAUGUAGAAGAGAUAAUAGACUAUAUUAAAUCGCUAAAAAAAGGCUUUGACAAAGAAUUAUUUCAAACUAAAAUCGAUGAAUUAGGAUAUAUAGUGGAUAACAUAGGACUUAACUAUGAAGAUUUCCAUACCUUGUUUAAAGUUUGGUUGAACUUGAGUAUACCUGUUACAAAAUGGGUUAAUCUUGGAGCCAGUAUAUUGCCCAAAGAAAAGGUGAGGCAAAGUACUGUUGAGUAUGCAUUGCGAUGGCUUCUCGCAAACUAUGACAGUCAAAGUAAUUUUUCAAGAAUUGGCUUUCUUUUGGAUUGGUUGACAGCUGCCAUGGACUGUGAUAGUGUAGAUAUGAAAGCUCUAGAUAUGGGAUAUGAAUUGUUUUAUACCAUGAUAACAUUUGAGGCACUUGCUGCACAUGCUAUGAAACUUGUGUAUACAUUGACUAAGCCAAAUGAUGUUACUAGAAGAAGAGUACUGGAAUUGAUGGAGUACGCAAAAAAUAGAGAAGCUAAAAAGAAUAUGUAUAGACAGAUUCAAGUCCUGCUUGGUUUGUUUAAGUCUUACAAACCUGAAUAUGUUCCUGAAGAUGUGCCUUCAAUAUCAAUACAUACAGCAUUUAGAAAAAUAAAUUUAACAUUACUUGCAAGGUUUAAAAAUGCACAGAAUCAAAGGAACAGCUUGAGUAAAGAGACAUUUAAGCUGUUCUGGAUUAAUUCAUUAAACUCUGAAGGUAGAAAUAAAAAAGCUGAUCCACUCAUACCAAAUUUGGAAUUUACAAAUAUAGGUUCAAAACAGUAUGAUAUUGAUGCUCAGAAGAACUAUCUAGACUUUUCUGAGCCCGUGUCCCUGCUGCACUACAGCGCGCAGCGGACCAUGCGUCGUCCGGCGCGAUUACGCGCGUUGUUGUGCAACCCGGCAGGGUUGGCGCUGCUUGCCGCAGCAGCCAGUGCCGACCACGCCUUUCUGUCACACGAGCUUCACCAUCUACUCACCAGCUGUUUCUUAGAAACGUCGCCUCAUACUUAUAUUGAAAAGCAGGACCUACUGCAGAGAUUGGCAAUAUUUCAAUCAACACUCAUGCAAGGUCUACCUGUUGUGACUCGUUUCUUGGCACAGUUCUUGCCAUUUUGGAAUGAAAAAGAUUUUUUGCCAGAGAUUCUUCAACUCGUCGAAUGGGUGAACGUUGAAGGCGCCGAUCAUGUGAAUGUCAUUUUAGACACGCUAACGAAGAUUUAUUAUAGAGCACAACCUAUAGAACAGUGUGCUAUACUCAGGAGUAUAACCAGCAUGUAUACAAACUUGACACAUUCAAGUAUGCGGUCCCGACAUUAUUUUCUAAGUAUACAACCUACUGAAUCAAUGUAUGCAGAAAUAUUGACAAUGGUUUCUUUAAGAAUUAGUGACAUGUGUGACAAAGGAUUGCAAUAUUCACCUGAGGACGCGCUGGUGCUGCAGAGCGCGACGCGCGCGUGCGUGCGGUGCGCGCGCGCGGCGCGGGGCGCGGCGCGGGGUGCGGCGCGGGGCGCGGGGCGCGGCGUGGUGUGCGCGCUGGCGCCGCGCGCGCUGCCGCUGUCGCUGCCGCUGCUGGCCGGGUCCGCCGCCGCUCUCGACCGCCUUGCCGCGCUUGUCGUGCUGUACAAAGAAAUAUUCUCUGCCAUAAAAGCGAAGAAUGGGAGAAAAGAUCAAGUUUACGUUGAACAGAUGCAGAUUUUGAAAGCAUUCACAUCAGAUUUUGUGAGCUGUUUCUAUGAAGAAUUCCUCAGUGGGCGCAAGAAAGGGUUCACCUUCAGUAAAUUGCACCCGCAGCUGGUUAGCAAGUUGACGCAUAUAAUACCAGAUGUCGAUACAAAGUUAAGCAUCCGCAAUCACUUAGCAUUCGCACCGUACACGUAUGUGUCGCUACAGGCCAUAGAUCAAACGGACGCCGACAAUAAGUUAUGGUUUAACACAGUUAUCGAGCAGGAAUUCGACAAUUUGAGACAAUUUGCUGUGCAAGCAAUGCCCGAGCUGCGCUAACACUUAAGAGCAAUCGUGAAUACUUUGUGCUCAAUAUAUUCAAAAUCAUAAGGCUACUUAUGAUAAGUAUUUGAAAUGAAAUAAAAAAUUCAACAAUUUUAAAUCACACGCUAAUUUAUAACAUUAUUGUAGUUUUAAUUUAUAUGUUAAAUGCGAAAUCAUAGUUUAGGUUAUAAUAUUAAUCUUAUCACAUACCUUACUGCUUCAUUUAAUAUAUCCCCUAUUAUAACUAUCGAAAGUAAAUAUAGAGAAGUUAUAUGGUUAUAGUUCUUUAAAAUAUCUUUAACUAGAUUUUCCGUGUAAUUAAUUGCACCCGCGUUAAAUGGUUCUGCUCUGUCUGCGUGGGUUAUAGUGUGAUGUUUAAUCUGCAAAAAUAUUUAUAAAUCCCCCUGUUAGUUCCAGAGGUUAGUGCUUUCAAAUAAAAACAAACAAAGUCCUUAGAUUUAUUAUAUUCAAAUAUUAUUGACUAUGUUUCAAAAGCUAGAAAUAAUUAAGAAAUUAUAAAAAAUAAACAACAAAUAUGUGAUUCAUUAAUAGGAUGAGGGGAAAAUGUACUUAUAAAGCAUGUUACACAAACAACAAUGUAAUAUAAAAUAAUACAAAUGAAUGGAAUUUGCUUGCCAUAUAACUGUCAAACCUAUAGAGUUUAGACGUUGAAUGGUUCGAAUAAAUAUGGGCUUGGUCGUCGAAUCCGAAACCUCAACGAAUAUUGAAAAAUGCUUAAAAGAAAAGUGUUGAUUAAUAUUUAAAAAUUAUUCGUUUAUAUUUAAAAAAAAUAUUACUGACUGGGUAUCGAAAUGGUAAAUGGUUGAAAAUAAAAAUAUAUAUACUACUUGAUAGUAUUAUAACUGUUAGUUCAAAUUCUAGGAACAAAUGAUAUUCAGUCAAAUAAAAGUGGCCAGACAUAUUUUCACAUAUUCACAUAGCCAUACUGUAAUUAUUCAAAUAGUGCUCGAUAUAUAUCUGAACGGAUCAUAGCUGUCAUCAAAACCAGCUUCGAGAUUUUUCAUUUGAGCGUUUUUCACUUUUUAUAGUUAGUUUUUGC